GCUUACUGGGUUGCCUGUGGCAACGGUUUCUUGUUAGUCCGGCUCCACAGCUCUUCAGUUGCCAACGCUAUGAAAAGUUGAUGCUGUCUUGUUGAACUUCUCUCUAUGCUUUAGCUUUAAUAUUUUUGGUCCUUAAUUGCCAUUUUUUUUUCCGCUCUUAUUGAGGAUGUCAAUAAUGGGAGGAUUGACCCGACCUCCCAGCCACACUUCACUCCGGCUGCAGCACAUCCCGCACCCGCUGUCCCGCCUCGGGGAUCCGGACACGAUCACGGUGCGGGGCUUCUCGCGGGCCGGCGACAGGCCAGCGGCCGAGCUGCCUCUCAUGUGGGAGCGGCCGGCAGCCAGCGCACGGAGCUGCGGCAGGGAGCUGAGGGAGAGGGAGACCGAAGCGAAACAAACUUGCCGCGGGCCGGCAGCUCUGCAGCACAUCCCCGAGGGGGUGCAGGUGUCAUUCGGCACGGACCCUGACAGACCGCGGCUGCCCAUCUUCGGUCAACGUACAGACCUUGAAAGCCGUACGGAGAGCAGAAUGAGCAAGUGUAGCAGGAUUAGUAAUACAUCCCGCCCUGGGACUCAGCUCAGGAUUGAGAUUGAUGAGCUGGAGCAUCAGUUGCGUGAAAAAAUAAUAUCUAGCGGCUACUUCGCUGUCAAACAGCUUUUCAAAUCUAAUGAUCCUGAGGGAAGAGAGCAGCUUAACAGGGAAGUUCUACUUAUGGUACUGUCAAAAUUUCUGGGACGAUUUAUCUCUCCAAGACAGUUCCACCAACUUCUUUUGCGGUUCAAACUGAAUGAAAAGGCGAUUAUUAAAUGUGAUGAAUUUUAUGCAGCUGCCAAGGACCCGGUCCCCACAGGAGCCACCUCAUGGCUCGAUCCAAUAAGUCGACCUAGCGAUAAGGUUCUGAUGACUGCAUCACAGGUGCACUCUCAGCUGAAGGAGAAAAUAAGACAGAGGAUUUUGGAUCUGACUGAAAUUCUGCCUCAGAAGAACACCGAAGGACCUAUUAGGAUCAUUGUUCACGAGUUCCGGAACAUGUUGAAGCAGCUAGGAUUUCACAUGGAAGAUGAAGAAUUUGAAAAGUUGUGGAGGAGAUAUGACAUUGAUGGUCUUGGUGUUAUUAAAGGAGAUGUUCUAAUGAGGAAACUUGGAAAUGACUAUAGGAAUGGGAUGAUGCACAAUAAUGAAGGCUCUGCUCGAAAGUCAUAUGAUCAAAUGAGUUUUGAAGACUCACAAGUAUUCUCCGCAGGACCAACAAGGACCCUGAGCAAAGCAGAGCAGGAGAGAAAAGCAUCUCUUGAUAUUGAAAAAUGGCUGAAGGACAAAUUCAGGGAAGGUUAUAACCUUAUGAAAGAAGAAUUUGAAAAGUAUGACACUGAAAGGACAGGCAAGGUACUACACAGAGACUUCCUGUCUGUCCUGGGAACCUUUGGACUGCAUUUGAAAAUUGAGCAUUUAAGCCUUUUCCUGGCGCGAUGUAAUCUUGAAAACAGCAAAGCCGGGAUAAAGUACAUUGACUUUCUUAGAAACUUUCAAGACCGAAGUGAGAAGGGGAUGCCACAUAAAAUUCUCAGCAACCCAAAACACAAAUUUAACAAUGAGGGGAGUGUCAGUCUGUGUUCCACAAUGACUGCGAUUGAAGCAAAACUGACAAGAUUAUUCCAGUCAGACUUCCUUGCACUUUUAGCCACCUUUCAUAAAAUCGACAAACUGGAAAUGAAUGUUAUCAGCCAACAGGAGUUCCGAGCAGCCAUAGAGAGCAGGUUUGGUGUGGAGAUUACUGAUGAAGAGUUUGAGCUGCUCAUUGACAGAAUUCCCCUUGAUGAAGACGGAAAUGUCCGCUACCCGCAAUUCAUGGCCAUGUUUGACUCUAGGAAAGGAGUUUCCAGUCUUUUUGAUGAGAAGUCAGUAAUCAUAUCUGGACAAAAGGGACUACAAGAGAAACAGAACUCAGGUCAACUGGAUGAAGACAAGAGAUAUGGUAGAACUCCUGAGCAGCUCUUCAAGAUUAUUAAAACUCUGCUGUAUAAACAGUAUCAAGAAGUUGAGAGAGAAUUUGAACACUUGGAUGAAAUUAAUUCAAAGCGGCUCAACCACGAAACCAUGUACCGGCUUCUAAAACGCUUUGAUAUUUGGCCAGAAGUAACCCGGGGCGAGAUUCGCCGGCUCUGGAAAACACUCAUCACGAACCAAGACAAAACCCUGGAUUUCUUAGAGUUUGUGAGACACUUCGGCCACUCCCCUAAAUCCGCCUGCUUCCCCAACGCCAAAAUCAGCCCCCCAAGAAAGGGAGACAGCGACCUAAGAAUGCGCUCCAAGAACCUGAACUGCGCCACCGACAUUCUGGUGGACAACGUUCGUGCAAAAGUUGAUUACCUGUGGGACGAUCUCAGGAAAGAAUUUCAGGAGCUUGACCCUUACCGCACCGGGUUUGUCAGCAAAGAGGAGUUUAAGGAUAUCUUGACCGAGUUGUGUAUAAAUUUGAAUGAAUACGAGUGUGAAAUGCUGGCGAAGAAAUUCGAAGUCAAUGGAGAUGGCCGGGUUUCCUACAUAGACUUCCUGAAACCUUUUGCGAUGCGCAGGCAGCAGUGGCGAGAGGGGAGUAACAUGUUGGCUGUACUGCAGCAUCCGAACAGUCAUUUCACAGAUCAGCACGGCACAGGGCUGAACACUGUCACAGUAAGGCUGCGGAAAAAGCUUCAAGGUGAAUGGAAGUCCUUACGCAGAGCCUUUAAGAAGUUAGAUAGUACCAGCAGUGGUUACCUCUCCUUGCCAGAGUUUCGUGCUGUACUCAAGCUCUGUGAUCUGCUCCUGAAUGAGGAUGAAGUCUAUCACAUCAUGACAAAAUUUGAUGAAAACAUGGAAGGCAAAGUCAACUACAAAAAGUUUCUGGAAGAGACUUACAAUAAAGAGAAGAACAGUGCAGAAAACAAAACCCUAAAAUGAUAAAUAAUUUACUCCUUUUUGACAAUAUGCAAUUUCCCUGUUUUUCAAAUCAUAACCUUAAUUUUGAUCAGUUUGCUUUGGGCAGAAUUGCAAUGGGUUGGAGGAUGGUGGUGAGGAGAGAAAUUGACCCAGGAAUAACAGUGCUUUUGAGAAUGAAAGAUUAUAUAGAGAAAGGUAUAAACUUGGAUUUUUCUCACACUUUGGAAUCUCCUGAAUUCCUUCAUAGCUGUUUUAGAAAUGACACCAUUUUGUACAGGUGCCUGAUCAGGCAAUUCAGUCAAAUCGCCUCAAAUAUCACAAUUUCUUUACAAACAUUACUUCUGUCUCUCCUGAAGGAAUGAAUUUAACAAUCUGCUGUACACCACAAAUCCAUUGAAUUACUCUGUUUUAGGCCAACAAGGUCAAAACUUGGUUUCAAGUGUUUCAUAGCAAACAAGUGGAUUUUAAAAACUUGUGGAGUAAGAAGAUGAUUUGAAAUUUAGUUUCUGUAGUGGCAUGGAGGGCAGAAGGAUUGACCAGUAUAAAUCCGAAUCUAAACUGAUAAUAAAAUUAUGCAGUUAUGUGAGUCAAGAUCUGUUACUGUGUGUUAUUGAUACAUAAAAUAGUUCCUAAUGUUUUUUUGCAAGAUAGAUCUGCUAUACUUCCAAUAUCAAAUAAACAAAUAUUUAUAGAACUUUUGCAUCUUCCCCUUGAAUAAAUAGUGAGCUAGGACCUGCCAGUAUGGAAUGUAAGGGAUAGUAACUCUGGGACAUGACAGACACAAAAGGCUGAUUAACAAUAAUCUUGAGACCUGCCCCAAAUCCAACACUGAGUCAAUGAUUCCGAGUCCACUCUGGCACACAAUGCUCACUAAGAUUAUUUCAGGCUGAGGGAUUAUAGUAAAAUGGGUGUUGAGUCUUCACGAGCUUUACCAAUGAUUUGGAUUAUGGCAUUGUAUUACAGAUAUGAGAUUGCUGAGGAAACAAGGCUGGAUAACAUUGUAAGUUAUGACGAUGAUCUAGAAAAACUUCAGGUACCUGCAGGUCCUAAUAAUAAAGUGGCCAGUGAGUGCAAGUUUGUGGUCUUCUGCUGCUGUGGCCCAUCCACUUCAAUAUUCAACAUGCUGUGUGUUCAGAGAUGUUCUACAUGCCACUGUUGUAAUGCAUGAUUAUUUAAGUUGUUGCAGUGAGUCUGGCUAUUCUCCUCUGAUGUCUCUCAUUAAUAAGGCAAUUUCACCCACAGAACUGCUGCUCACUGGAUGUUUUUUUGUUUUUUGCACCAUUCUCUGUAAGUUCGAAAGACUCACAUGUGUGCAAAUCCCAGGAGAUCAGCAGUUUCUAGGAUACUCAAACCACCCCAUUUGGCACCAAAAAUUAUUCUGGUCAAAGUCACUCAGGUCAUAUUUCUUCCAUAUUCUGAUGUUUGGUCUGUAGUUAACUAAAUCCCUUGGCUAUGUCUGCAUGCUUUUGUGCAUUGGAUUGCUGCCACAAGAUUGGCUGAUCAGAUAUUUGCAUUAACAAGCUGGUGUCCAGGUGUGCAUAAUGAAAUGGGCACUGAGUGUAGACAGGUGAAUUGAAGAGGCAGGAUGGAAUAAUAUGAGGAAAUUUGUAAAAUCAUCUACAGUGGUGUGUAAAAAAAAAAGUCCUGUAGGAUACUUUUUUAGUGAGAGGCUGGAUAUCCUUGUAUGUGAAUCACUAAAUGUUCAUGUGAAGGGGUGGGAAGCUGUUAUGAAGGCAAGCAGUGUGUUCACUUUUAUUGCAUGAGGAUUUGAGAAUAAGAAUAACAGAUCACAACUGCCAUUAUAGUGGAGCCCAGUGAGAUUAUAGCUGAAAUAAUUGCUUUUUGAUAAGAUUUCCUUACUUAAAGAAGGAUAUUCUUGCAAUCAAAAGCUCACAAAAUUAGUUAUCGAGUUAGUUGAAUAAGGAGAAAUUAAUCACUCUAAACCUGUAUCCUGAGUUUAUAAGAAUCGAGAGAGAUCCACGUGAAACAUACAAUUUUUUAUGUGAUACUUGAUACAGGGUUGAUAAGAGAUGAAGUCUAAUUUGACUGAGGAGCCUGGAACCAAGGGGCACAGUCUCAAAAUAGGGAGCUGUCCAUUCAGGACAGAGGACAUCUUCCAGUUGAAUUGCCAAUCAACCUUAUGCAUCGUAUACAGCUAAACAAAAUAUUGUUCCUCCAGGUCAAGGUGCAAAUCACAGUCACACACAGCAUGUGCUAGAACAGAGGGUGACAAAAUAAUAUUAGCACAAGCAUAACCUGAAGAUUGAUGGUGCAUGGGCUGGUCUGGAGCCAUGAUCUUGCAAGAACAACCACACAGCAGAUCCUCAUUUCACACAGGGUGGAACUCUUUCACUCAAAACCUCAUGUAAUUCUCAUCUUUAAGAUGCUCAGCUGUUGACUCUACCCAAAACAGAUCUUUGAAUAUUAAGGGAUUUGGGGAAAUGGUGCUGAGGUAAGAGGUCGGCUAUGAUCCUUGUAAAGGCAGUGUAGGUAUGUUGAGCUGAGAGGCUGACUUCUGUUUCUACUUAUUAUGCUCUUACAUCCCUCUGUCAAAGACCCUGAAUCCAAUCUACACAACCAGAUAACUGAAAUAAUAUCUAACCCAGCAUAAAAUGAUAAGUACCAAUCACCCCAGGGUCAAUGCAGCACAAAACAGAGUGCAAUGGAUUCAAACUCCAUCAGCACAGGUGCACCACAAGCUCUGUACUUAUCCUCCACUCCACUCGCUUUAUGCUUGCAACUAUGUGGCUAAGCACAGCACCAAUGCCAUAUUUACUGAUGACAGCACUGUUGUAGCUGAAUCAAAGGUGGUGAUGAAUCAGCAGAUAGGAGGGAGAUUGAAAAUCUGUCUGAGUGGCACUUACUCAUUGUCAGCAAGACCAAAGAGCUGAUCAUUGGCUUCAGAAGGAGGAAACCGGAGGUCCACGCUCUCAUCGGAAGAUUAGAGCUGGAGCAGGUCAGCAACGUUAAAUUCCUCAGUGUUAUUAUUUCAAAGGACCUGUAAAUUGCUAGGAACUUUCGGACUAUUCCAUUGGUGUUUAGUAUUUUGGUUUUCUGAAUAUUUGCAUAGAUAUUACUAUGUAGCAGUAAUUGUUUAAUACUAUUGUGUAGUGCCUUUGGGAUGACCCCAGUUGUAGAUUUCAUUAUUGCGACAAUGUAUUUCAGUUUCAAUAUCCUCUUUUAAUUCAAUGUAUUUGUGGUGUUUUUCAUUUAUUAAUUUCUGUAUGUUAUGUGUCUUUGGAAUGGCUAUAUCUAUUCCAUAAGUUGUUCUUGCUUGUUUACACUGUAUUAUUAUAUCGGGACAGUUAUUGUGGAUUGUCCUAUCUGUACAGUUAUGACUGUAUGACUGAUCGCCCAUAAUAUAAUUUUUGA